AGUUUCAAAACAAGUAAAUAAGUAAUUGGUUGAAAUUAAAUAACGAGGUUAUGUUUUUAUAAAAUUUGUUAAAGAAAGAUCUAAUUUUUCGUAAAAAUGAAGUUAAAAAAAUUAUAUAUUUCAAAUAAUUUAACUAGCCUAGAUAGUCUAGCUCAAAGAGAUAAAAUUAUCAAUGGCUUACAAAAAUUUAACAGGGUCUCCAAUUUUUCAAACAAGAUGUUGGCAGAGCUAAUGCAGUGCCAGGAUGAUCAAGAAAAAUGUUAUAUCUUGUGUAAACGAUACAUACAUCUCAUGGAUCACUUAUUUAAAAUAUCAAAUGAUCAAAAUUAUUUAAAGGUAAUGUAUUCAAAUGAUUACCGUCGAGUUGAACAACUUAGCAUGGAUCUUAAAGAUAGUCUACAAGAACGAUAUAAACAGUUAAUACUAGAAAAUAACAUAGUGAAUUCUUCUGAACUUUCCUCAGUACCAGUUUCCAAAGAAAAAGAUGAAUCACCAACAGAGAAAAGAAAGUUUCAAGACAAAUUUAUUGGACCCCUUGAUCUAUUUAAUCUGCUCCAGAAAAACCAAAAUUUUUUAUUAGUUGAUAUAAGACCUAACAAGCAUUACCAAGCUUGCAGAAUUAAUUGUAAAAUGGGGACCCUUAUCAAUAUACCCGAAGAAGUGAUAGUGCCUGGCCUCUCAGCUAACACAUUGGGAUUGCGUUUGAAUAAGUCAAUUCAAGAGGUGUGGGAAAAGAGAGAUUCCUUUGAUGUUAUUGUUCUACUCGAUAGUGAUACAACUGCAUAUAAUUAUUUGGGAUCAAAGCUAGAACGACUAAGAAGUUUUAUUGUAGAGUGGGAUACAGGUAGACAGUACAAAGAAGAACCCGUAAUAUUAAGUGGAGGUUUAAAAGAAUUUGUGGAAUGUUAUCCAUCGACAGUAGAUAAUUCCCAUGUAUUUCUAAGCCAGACUAAUUGUGAUAUAGAUGAGCUGCUUGAUUUGGAUAGUAUAGUUUAUCCAGAAGCUGGUUCAGUAGUGCAGAUGAGAUUAAAAAUUCAUGAAGUUCCAGUAUCCGAUUCGGAAGAAGAUAUAGUAGAUGAAUUCAUUACAGAAGGACGUGAGGAAACAUUUACUCCAUCAGUCGAAAAUUCUAGCAAAUCCUUUGAAGUAAACACAGUAGUCAUGCCUCCCGUUAAUAAAGUUGGUGCAAUAAAACCUAAUGUAGACGAAGCUUCGGUCAAAGAAAUUUUAGAUAGUAAUAAAGCUGCGAUGUUACUUAUGGCUAGAAAAGCAGCAAAACCAACAUUUAAUACAGAAAUUCCUAAAGGACCUCCAAUAAUAAGAAAGUCAUUAGAUCGUAAAGAUGUUAAAUCGCAGAAUGGAACCCGUUCCGUAGUUAAACCAAUUGUGGAUAGAUCGUUUAAGCCCGAUAAUAGAAUUGGAGAUGGUUUUACAGGUCUUAAAAAUGUUAGGAAUAUUUGUUACAUGAACUGCCUAUUGCAGUGUUUGAAAGUUAUACCUGCUAUAAAAUUGUCUUAUGUGACUACAGACAGAUAUCUUUCAUAUACAACGCGAAAACCACCGAAGAUUAACCAUCAUCUUGCAGCAGUGCUCAGAGAACUUUGGGGUGGAACGUUGUCUUCUCAUAAAACUUUUUAUAUAUCCCAAUUCAAGAAUCGAAUAUGUGAAUUUGCUCCAAUAUACGAUAAGGGUACUCAUGAGGACUGUUUCGAAUUUUUCAUAUUUCUUUUUACUGCAGUUAGUGAAGAUUGCUCAGCUGAUUUACCUCGAGAAAUGAUGACUGAGAGCGAAAAAGCAUGGUAUGGUCAGCUUCAAGGCAGAUCUUCGUUUUGGAUUGACAGCUUUUAUUUUCAACUAAAAAAUUUAAAAGUAUGUUGCAAUUGUCGCAAAGUCAAUCCGACUUAUGAUACCGACAGUCUUUUGUUGUUAUCUGUACCCAAUAAAGCGUGCCAUCUUCAGAAUAUGGUUGCUGAUUAUCUAAAGGAAGUUAAACUGACUGAUUUCUCUUGCAAUAAUUGUAAAUUCACGGAUACCAUAAUCAAUAAAAAGGAGUUAACUGUAGAACCUGAAAUACUCGCCAUUGUUUUGAAAAGGUACAUGCAUAGUGGUGAUAUCUCAAACUAUGUAAAGAACCAAGCAGAAGUCGACUUUCCCUUGACAAAUUUGAGAUUUGGUACUUCGAGAUACAAUUUAGUUAGUAUUGUUGAACACACGGGUACUAUGUCGCAUGGACAUUACUUUGCCACAGUUAAGUUAGAUAACAAACGUGAUGAUUGGUAUUUGUUCAAUGACGAGACUAUUACUAAGUAUUCUAGGCCAGUUAAUGAUGAUCCUCGGAUAAAGAUCUCAGCAGCAGGAUUCUUUUAUGUGCGCAACUCGGUGUAAAUUCUUAUAUGUGAUAAUUAGUAUCAAAUUUCGUUUUGGUAAAAUAUUUUUGAUACAAUCUUAUAACGACGCUGCUUUAAUUAUUAUAUUAGAUAAGUGCCUGAUGUUGUUGAAUGUUUGUUUUAGAGAUUUAUUGUAACGUAUAGAGUUUCUCAAUUUUUUUAUACUGUAUGAUUCAAUAUCUUUCAUGUACAUGGAUUUCAAAAAAUGAUUUAUAUGUGAACCAUUGUACUAACGAUAUUUACACUAGAAGUUCCCAAGAGUAAACAGAGCAUCAGUGCCUGAUGAGGUUAAAGUUGAGCAUUCAAAAUGAACUGCUGUGGUAAUAGCAUACACAAUAAUAAAAAAAAGGAAGAAGUUGAUUAAAUUCCAAUCUUGAUGAAAAUAAGUAUUGUUAUACAGUGUAAACUUUAAAGUUAAUUGCACACUUCCAUAGUUGUUGUAUUGUGGGAUUAAUAGAGAAUGUAAGGAAUUAUGAAAUGAUAUAAUGUGGCGUUUUUAUUAUUAUAUUAAAUGCAUUACUAUACAUUUAUCUGUUCUUGUUGUUUUGGCAUUUCGUUUUUUAUGAAAUACAAAAAAUAAUUGCUGAUUUUAGGUCUGUUUAUACUACACAAAUCUUUUGUGACUAAUUAAAAACUACACGUGGCAACUCUGGAAAUAAUACCAAUACGUCCUAACCUUUAUGUUUACUCCAUAAACCAUAGGUGAAACGGAGAACUGAUUUUUAGUGAUAUUAAAUUUUUUUGGGUAGCAAAUUUUUUCUAUAAAUUAUUUUAUUAAAAAAUGAUGUAUAAAAGUCAAAAUAUCUAAAAUUUUGCUAGGGAAUUACUACGCUAUCAUUACACAAUCACACUACGCAAGUGUCAUUGAUGAGUCGCAACAAACUUUAAAGGAAAUAAUAUCUACUAAGAUUGUGCCUUCAUAUAUUCAUGUACUCUUUGUUUAUAGUUGGGAACAUCUUGUGGAAGUUUGUGAUGCACUAUAUUACUUUAUAAGGUAAUUUCACUAUUUCUUCAAAACAUCGAAAAUAAAGGAUAUUAUGCAU